ACUGACUGAUGACGCCAAUCAUAUCAUAUCAUAUCAUAACCCUCAGCAUCCGCCGGUCUAGAUCGCUUUUAUUGAAUAGCUCAAAUGCCCAAAGGUCAUAUCAAACACAGCAUCCCUGCCAUUCCCCCGGGCGCCGGAAUGUCUUUCUGCUUCAUGUUGCAGCAGCCAUGUCGAGCCCUACCAACACCGAUGUAGGUAGCCCAGAUAUCGGAGCACCAAGCAAUGGAAUGCUGGCGUGGUUGGCUGCCAUCUUGCUCCCGCUUAUGGCUUUGAUAAUUAUGUUUUUGGUAGGGAUACCUAAGUAUGUCUUACCGCUUCUUGACUGCAGAGGGGCAAAGAUUAACGGCUACAAAGAGUCUAUAGAUGGGCCAGGCCAAGGUCUUCUGUAUCCUCGGGAGGAACAUCGCCUACCACAGUGUCAUCAAGCGACUCACAGCGUCGGGACCUGCCGCACCUCGACUCUUUUGCACCUCCGAGGACCAGCAAAGACAUGAGGUCGAAUAUCAUGAGCCAUACUCACGCCUCGUGGGCUGAACCAGCCUCUAGCAUGACAUGUGCAAUCUGUUUGGGCGAGGUCAGCGACACGGACAUGCUUCGCCAACUCGAUUGUCAGCAUAUCUUCCACUCUGAUUGUAUCGCAACAUGGUACCUUGCGGAGCAUGAUACGUGUCCCGUAUGUAUUCAUAACUUUGUCACCUCUUCCUGUAGACUAGAAAGGCCACAGCAGGCGCAUUUAUAUGAAGGCCGGAUAGAGAAUGUGUAGAUACCUAUUCUGGCUAGAACCAAUACUAUAUCCUUUUGACCA